GCGCGACCGUUCUCUCGUGCGAGGACGCGCCGCCGCCGUACAGCGACCGCGAUCGCGCGCCGAGCAGUUGCCCCCCGGAUUACGCACAGCCGGCGCGACCGGCCGUGGACCCCGACGAUGAAAAGGCGGCCCUCGAACAAGCCUCUUCUUCCGCCUCUAACAUGGCCACCACGAUGACAACGACAAUGACGACACCAAUGACAGCGACAACAACAACACACCCCUCCACCACCCUCCAACAACCCGCCCCCCAGUCCCCCGAGGACACCCUCCACAUCCUCGACCACACCCACGACACAAUCCCCUCCCUCUCGCUCCGCUACGGCAUCCCGGCCCCCGCCCUCCGGCUCGCCAACCGCCUAACAAGCGACCACCUCCUCGCCGCGCGGCGCGCGAUCCUGAUCCCGGGCGGCGGACCGCACCAGCGCCACCACCACCACCAAUCUCCUUCCUCCCUGGACCCAGCCGCCGCCGCCAGCGACGAGGCCCGCAAGGCGCGCAUAAGGCGCUGGAUGGUGGCGACCAAGGUCCCCGACUACGACGUCGCGGUGCUGUACCUCGAGCAGGCCGGGCACGACCUCGACGCCGCCGUGGACGCCUACUUCGCCGACGAGGCGUGGGAGAGGGAGAACCCCAACCCGGACCCGGUCGGGGGCCGGUCGCGGGGUCGGGGUCGGGGUGGGGUCUUGGGCGAGAUAGGUUCGUGGUGGGCUGGUCAGGCGGGUUUUCUGCGGAGGAGUUGAGUGAGGCCAAAGCAAUGCAAGCUUGUAAUUAUACCUGGCUCUCUUCUUAUUUCAGUCACUUUUGGUAUUCGUUCGCGGGUUGGUUACAAGAGCUAGUAGCUCAUGAAUUGUUUGGGAUAUCAUAUAGAGCCUGCUGUGCUGGACACGGCAGACAGGGAGGCUUUUGGGGUCUGGCUACUCAAACAAACGCCGCCCGUCAUCUAAUCUACAUAUACAAAUACCACGCCAUGCC